UUGCAGUUCUGCCUACAGACAACAAAGACAGGGGUUUAGGGAGCGCACGUACCGUUUGUUGCAGCCUCGCACCGUGUGGAGACCGUGCAGACAUGGUCAAAUUGGCCUUUAAUUCGGCUUUGGCCCAGAAGGAGGCCAAGAAAGAGGAGGAAAACAGCGAGGUGCUGAUUAUUCCCGAGAGCAAGGAGCCUGAAGAUUUGGUGCCGCUGGGCCAGAGGCGAGCUUGGUGCUGGUGUAUGUGCUUUGGUUUAGCUUUCAUGCUGGCUGGGAUAGUGCUGGGUGGUGCAUAUCUCUAUAAAUAUUUUGUUCAACAGCUUGAUUCAUCUGGCAACGCAUUCACUCACCUAUUAAAUGUGGGAGAGGAAGAUUUAGCAGAGCGUGGUGUUUACUACUGUGGAGUUAGAUACCCUGAUGACCUGGCUUUCUCGGAUCAGUACUCAGAGGGCCCUGUUCGCUACCAUUCUUUUCAAGAGAGUAUCCAGAUCCUUGAAGAGGAGAAUGUUGAAUUGAUCAGUGUCCCAGUCCCUGAGUUUGCUGACAGUGAUCCUGCUGAUAUUGUUCAUGACUUUCAUAGGAAACUGACUGCCUACCUCGAUCUCAACCUGAACAAGUGCUAUGUCAUUCCUCUGAACACUUCGAUUGUAAUGCCGCCCAGGAGUUUCCUGGAAUUGCUGGCCAAUAUAAAGGCUGGAACAUACCUUCCCCAGUCCUAUCUGAUACAUGAGCAGAUGGUGGUGACUGAUCGCAUUGAAAAUGUCUAUCAGUUAGGAUCCUUUAUCUAUCGUCUGUGUCGUGACAAGGAGACCUACAGACUCCAGCACAGAGAGAAUGUCCGAGGAAUCCAGAAGAGAGAAGCUAAGAACUGUCACAAAAUCCUUCACUUUGAGAAUACGUUUGCCGUGGAGACGCUCAUUUGUGAACAUUGAAUGUGAACAUGUCUUCUACUGUUUAAAAGGAAAAAAUAACAGUAUAUCCCACCCUUUUGUUGUGUGCAGUAAUUUUUUUAAGGAAGAGUUUUGUUAUUUGUGACCAAAACUUUUUAAGCCAGUUUCAAACUUCCCCCUCGUGUGAUAACAACAUUAGUUUUCAAGGAAACACUUUAAUUUCCUCUUCCUUAUCUCUACUAAAGUGUGCUAUUUUUUAAUACCUGAAAUUAGUAAUUGAAUAAGAAAGAUAGUAAUAUUUUUAAGAUUGCCGCAUAAGGGAUACUGGUAGUUUUUAAAGGCCUCGUGGACUAUAACGGCCUUUUAUUUAACAGCAUGUAGUAAUACAAAUGACACCGCUUACACUAGCCGAACAUACUAUGUAUACAUUUUCACAACAAACCUUUUUAAUAUUGCAUGUCCAAUAUAUGGAAGACCUAAACUGCUGCUCUAUUUCUUUUCACCAACAAAA